AUGACUGUUACUACUGAGUCAGAUUUCUUUUUCCUGUCAAUGAUGAGGUACCUUUUAUGUCAUGUCUUCCUCUUCUGCUGUUCAUGUUGCUUGCAAUACCGAGUGGCAGCUCCUCUCGAUCUCCUUCCACCACCAUUGUUAGUCACUUGUUCAAAGCCAGAAAAUCGUGUUUAUCAACGUCAAGAUAACGAACUCCAGGUUUCAUGUCUGUGGGAUGAAUACAUUGAAUUGUGCUACUCAAGAGCACCAGGAGUGAAUUCUAAAGAGAGAGAGACAGACUUACAACCCGCUCCUCAUUGCCACUGGUACCGAGAUUCCAUCCUAGUAAACAGUACAGAUAACUGGUUAGGUGAGCUGGUGCUGGGUCAAGGCCUGCCAGGGGAAGGUCCCUAUCCACCAUGGGCUUAUAGUCGGAUCACAGUACAGUGUACAUCAACUUUGUGCUCUGCACCCUUGUGCUUUCACCACAACCUGAGCAUUGAGGUUACCGGGCAAGAUGUCCGACUUUUCCUGCUCUGGCCACGCACCCUUCCAGUUUUUGAAUGGCAGCCAGUGCACCUGGGUUGGUGCGCACGCCUUAAGAGUUCCUCAUGGAGCUAUCGCUUCAGGAGCCGAGGGGGUAGUCCAGAAGAUCUCCUCAUUCCCAGCAACCAGCACAGUGAACCACUUCCAUUCGCUGGCUACCCUAAUGCAGAAUUGUACCAGGUCUGCGCAUCGUACUAUAGCUACCACCUGACUGUAUGCUAUCCCCAUCGUGGAUUCUAUACCGCUUCAGUCAGUGUUCAGCAUCGACCUCUGAUCAGCCUUAGCAUAGAAUUAUAUGUGGAGCCUGCCCUGUUGCAUGUCUUUAGUGUACGUUCCAAAUUGCUGAGCCACCCACAUGGGACAAUCAGCCUUUCCUGGAGUCUUCUACAGCUCAGCCAAGGAAUAGUAGCUUAUAAACUAUUAAGCACGCAUGAUACAAGAGAGUGGUCUCACUUCUACAAUUACAACCAUUUUGCUCUACGCAGCAAUUUCUGUGCUGUUCCCAUACCAUAUCACUCCAAGGAGAAAGUGGUGGCCAGUGUCUAUUUUCGUACUAAUGAGAAGAUGCCUGAACAACUGGCGGGAAAACUUGAUUUCUUUAAUGAGACUUUGAUUUUCAGAGCAAGCACCGGAGCCGCAACUUAUCUCACACUCAAUCCACAGAAAACCAGAAGAGGCAUCUACAUUUUUAGCCAUACACUGGGAUUGUACUAUUCUACACAGGAAGACAGCACUACUACCACCACUAGGAAGGGCUACAGCUCCCACUAUAUCUUUUACGAGGAGCAGAGCCUCUGUUACCUGAUCGUUGUUGAAUUCAUGCAGCUGCAGUUGUCCAAGUUCAGCAUCCAUGUGUAUCUGAAUCGGAAAGGGACUUUGUUCAGGUCUCUAGGAGAAAAAGAUAUUGAAGUUCACGUUUUUAAUAACAGUUCUCCUGAAGACAGUUUGGUCUCUAUUGUGUGGUUUAUUCCUGUGCAACAUCCACUGCUACAGUGUGAGUGGACCUUCAACCUUCAACUUUUUGAUUCUAGAGGCGAGUACCCAGUUCAGAACUAUACUUUCACCUACAUAAAUCAUGUCAAAAAUGCAAUGCAAUUCAUUUCUGAUUCUUUCUUAACUUUCAACUCUGCCCUCUUCACUGGUUUUGUAGCAAAGGUGAAAUGCAUUGGAAAUGGACUUAUGCCAGCUAUUUUAAAAGCCACAGUCAACACUUAUGCUUCAAAGGCCCUCAGAUUUAGCAUAGCUUGCCAUCAAGAACCCUGUUCUAUUAAGGAAAUUAGUAUCCAGAAGCCAGAUGCUUCUCAGCGUGUGGUAUAUUAUACCCAAGGAACAGAGUUUACUCUGGCUGCUGAUACACGUAUCACUUGUCCAGGUCCUAAUCAAACAAAUGUCAUUUGGAACAUCUAUAAAGUUCCAGAUCUGACUACUACACCAGAUUGGUCAAAACCUUUUAAUCCACCUAGCAUUGGAAGAAGAAAUUCCACCAUAUUAAAAGUACCUGGUCCUGUCUUAGAUAAUGGCUUGUAUCUCUUUAAUUUUACAAUGAAAUUAACCUCUUUGGAUACAUGGAAGAGCAUGGAAGGGUCUGAUUCACUGUUUGUCAAGAUUGGAUCAGAUACCUUUGUGGCUGUCAUUGCUGGAGGCAGUAUCCGGACAGUUGGAUUUUCUGAUGAGUGGAUACUUAAUGGAUCUGCAUACUACAAUGGUGAGGCAGUCCAACCCUCUAAAGGGCUGUCCUUUACGUGGUAUUGCAGCAAAGAAAAAACUGACUACACAUCAAUGACUCUAAGUGAAAACGGGAAAUGUCAUCCAGAUCAGGUAGAUUUAAAAUGGAUAACAUGCUCUGUUCCAGUUCAAAGAGUGCAACCUGAAACACUUCAAGGAAAUAAUGUGUAUUAUUUUCGCCUGGUGGUUCAAAAUGGUAGCAGAAUAGCUCAGACGGAACAAAUAGUACAUGUGCAAGCUCCUCUUGCCAUAAUCCUAAAUGUCACAUGUAUUGAAAAUUGUGGUGAGUCAGUAAUUCCAACAGAAAGAUUUUGUCUUUCUGGCAAAUGCCUAAAUUGCAGAAGUGGCAAAUCUCUCUAUUACUGGUCACUUUACUCAGCACAGUCCAGUGAAAUAAAUUUUGAUUGGUUUUCAAAAAGUACAACUGGAAGAUCCAAUCCAUAUCUGCAUAUAAAUGCUUAUGCAUUUGUAUCCAUGGCAGAGCAGUCAUUUACAUUUAGUCUGAAAGUCACCACAAAGGAAGGACAGUCAGCCAUCUACAAAUAUUCUUUUUAUGUGAAUGGCCCACCUCAGAUAGGAAAGUGUGUUAUCAAUCCAAAGAUAGGCAUGGCAUUCCUAACAAAAUUCAUCAUUCAGUGCAGUGGAUUUGAAGACAAAAAUGGACCUCUUACAUAUAAAGUGAUAGCAUCAUCAAAUCAAAUCAAAACCAGUGCUGUAUCUUCAGUAGAGAAUAAUGUUUUGGGAAUAAUAGUGUAUGCUGGUCAUGAGCCUAAAACUCCUCGUUCUUUUCUUCCAGUUGGUAUACCAUCUCAGAACUCUACCUUAAUCAUAUAUGUUCAAGUGUAUGAUGCCCUUGGAGCGUCUUCUCAGGUAAUAUUACAAGCAACUGUGUAUGAGCAAAUAAAAAAUAAACCAACUCAUGUUGUUCAGCAUGAUCUACAUGGUUUAAUCAGUGGACCAACCGCUCCUAUGACAACUUUGCUUGCAGCUAAAGAUUACUUUAAUAUAGGUUAUUUUGUAUAUAUGGUGGCCUCUGUAUUAAAUAAUAUAGAGACUUUGCCAACCAAUCAAGGCUCUAAAACUGAUUUGCGACAAAUCCUUCUUAAUAUAACUACGAGGAUACCUACAACUGAUGUUCUGAAAAUAAACCAAGUGAUUUUGAGUAUUUGUCAGGUAACACAUGAAACUACUGAAGUAAACAGGGAAUCACAACUGCUUGCAGUCAGAAAACUAAGAGAGGUCAGUGAAGCUCUAAAAAGGCUCAGGGCCAAAGACCUAGGUUCUAAGGAAGCAGAGAUCCUUGGCAAUGGUAUAUUUAUCGGGUUGUCCAAUGUGUUGAACGCUUCCCUCUUGAACCAUGGAAAUGUCAAUGCCAAUGCAAUUAAAGAAACCAUUUCAGUGACAGAAAUAUUAGCAGCUCUAGUCUUACAAGGUAAAGUCCCUGGGGAGCAAGAAACUAACAUGGAGACUGAAAUCUGGGCCAUGCAUUUACGGAAAGAUGAGAAAUGGGAUGUUUCAGGAACUUUCUCUGACAGACAAUAUUGCAGGAACUGCUUUUAUACUGAACUGAAAAAGAGUAAUCAUUCUGAAUUACAGGUAGAUGCUGUGGUAUCCACUGUUCUUUAUGAAUUUGACAGAAAUCCCUUUCCAUGGUUGCUUUAUACAGAAGAUAUUGGAACAAUGGUGACUGGAUUAAAAAUGACAGGAACCAAAGCUAACGGUGACGUAAUCAGUAUCACACCUUAUGUGGUUGAAAUGAUCAUGGCUAGAAAAGAGGAGGCCAUCUUUGACUUGACAAUAGGACCAGCCAAAAAUCUCCCUAAAACAACUGGUGGCUUUAGUUUUGAAGUAAAAAGAAGCUCCAAAGAUAUUUUUAUCCAGAUUGUGUCUAAAAUAAAUAUUACUUUUCAUGUAUUUAUAUACCUAGGCCACAAUAUCAGCCACCCCCCUGUAGCUGUGUAUGUUGCUUCCCAUUCCAGUCCUCCUACACCAACUAAAAUGGAUACUAAUGUCACUGAUUGUGCAGUUAAGGCUCCAUAUAUCCUUUGUCUUCCUCAAUCAUUGCUUUGGUCUCUUUUCCAGAGCAAUAGAGCAGACAGACUGAAUAUCUCUGUUGUCUUACAAUCACAUCCAAUUGUCAGAGACCAAACCACAAAGAUAGUUCGCAUUGCUCAUUUUGCAGCAGCCUGCCUAGACCUGGAUGGAAUUCAGAACCAGUGGAAAGAAGGGAGUUGUCAUCUUGGCCCUCAGACCACCUAUUCCAAGAUACAUUGCAUCUGUAAAGCAAAAGAGCGUAGCAGAAGAACAGCCAACCCCAGGCCAUCAAGGACCUCAGGACUUGGUAUCCAAUUUUUGGCUGCCAAAGUACUUUUAUUUCCCAAUCAAGUUGAUAUGAAAAGGUUCCUUUUAGCAUCGAGUGGCCAAAAUCCUGUAACAGGGUUGACAGUUCUUGCUAUUUUUAUAAUCUACAUCUCUUUGGCUAUCUGGGUCAUAAGAAAAGAUAAAGCUGGCACCAGGGAUCAGGUCAUAGAUUUGCCAGACAAUGAUCCCUUUCAUGAGGUGAGGUAUCUAGUCACAAUAUACACAGGAAGUCGUUUAAGAUCAGGCACCAAUGCUGAUGUCUUCAUUGAACUGAUUGGCCAAAAUGGGGCCAGUGAUGUACAUCAUUUAAAACAUCCACAGUUCCCAGGGAUCUUCCAGGAAGGAUCCAUUGACACCUUUCUCUUAACUACUGAGAGAGACUUAGGAAACAUUUGUUCUCUUCAUAUCUGGCGCAAUAAUCAUGGCUUUGGUCCUAACUGGUUCUUAAGCCGAAUCCAAGUACAAAACAUGGAUACCAAACAGUCAUGGCUAUUUAUAUGUAGGAAAUGGUUUGAUCCUGGCAGGGAUGAUUGCCAAAUAGAAAGGUCAUUUACUGUUACAAAUCCCAGUGUACCCUUAAGCAAGACUGAUUAUUUUUGUAUUAUGAUUAGCAAUGACCUGUUCAAGAACCAUCUUUGGCUGUCUGUCUUUGUUCAUUUAGACGAUGACUCUUUCAGCAGAUUCCUCAGGCUGACUUGUUGCUUAGCAAUACUGUUAAGCUCCCUGAUGUUUAACACUAUAUUCUUCAACGAUAUUGACCAACAUAUUUAUUCAGUAGAACUGCAGUAUUUGAGAUCUAUAACAAUUGGAAUAGAAAGUUCUUUGAUUUCAGUUCCUGUGCAAUUGAUUCUGGUAACCUUGUUUAAGCAUUUAUCAAAGAAACCUUCAGCCCACAAUGCAGUUCAAGCUCACCCAAAAGGAAGUUCCUCCUUUUCAUCUGAAAACCUUUGUGAAGAAGGCAAUUUAAAAGCUGCUCCACCCUCAGAGAUGAAGUCCCAGCAAUUCCCCCACAGAGACACCAAUUCCAGCAAUAAUGUUGCAGCAGAAAAUGAAACAUUUUCUGAGAAAAUACACAAACCACAGUCUACUUGGUGGGUUCUAUACAUCGCCUGUAUCAUUGUGCUUUCUGCAUCCGCUGUGCUCUCAUUCUUCAUUGUACUACUUGGCCAACCCUAUUCCACUAAAACCUCUUCUGAGUGGUUAAUAGCUUCUAUUACCUCAUUUUGCCUAACUGUGCUUUUCCUUGAGACCUUUAAGGUAGUUUUUUUUACAGCCUGGAAUACCAUUUAUCCAAAAUACUGCAGAAAUAUCCCAUGGACAAGAUACCAAGAUCUUAAGUUUAAUGAUAGAACUAUCCCUGCAAAUGAGAUGAGACAGUUACAUGAUAACCUUGUCAAACUUAGAGCUUCAAAGAAAUACCAACCAAUUAAAGGCGGAGAGCUUAUAAUAUUGAGGAAAAAAGCAACUGUUAAGAGUCUAGGUUAUAUUUUAGCAAAAAAUAUGGUCUGUCACUUUGUCUUUUUAGCUUUAAUUUUAAAGUAUACUCAUCCUACAGAAACCACCAGUAGCUUUCACUACAAUCGAUUUAUGCGUAAGAAAUUUUCUCUUGGUUUAUCUGAAGUAAAUAAAGUAGAAGAUAUUUACAAAUGGGUGAAAAAAAUCCUUCUGCCGUUGAUACACAAUGACUAUCAACCAACCUAUCUUUCAGAGACCUGGUCCAAAGUCCUUGGGUCGCCCAGAAUGAGACAAAUAAGAGGUAUACAUUCUGACAGGGCAUGUACCUAUCUACAUAGCUUUCAAAAAGCAUUUCUGACGGAUAUUCACUGUGUACACCGAUAUGGAGGUGACCCAGAAGAUCAAGCUGACUACAAUGGGUCGUGGUCAGCUCCAGUCGAUCAUCCAGCUGCCACCACCAGCUUUUCAGGCUACACUUAUGAACAAAGCAUUGCUGAGUGGGAAUAUGUGUCAUAUGGAGAAUUAAACAGCUACCCAUCCAGAGGAUACAGCUUUUAUUUUUUCACAGGAGAACCACAAAUAAAUUCAACAGAAAGAUUGAAGACUUUGGAAAGCAACACCUGGCUUGAUCACAGGACCUGGGUAACUAUUAUUGAGCUGACCACUUUUAAUCCAGAUGCAGAUCUGUUUUGCAGUAUUUCUGUCAUAUUUGAAUGUUCAUAUGUUGGCCCUCUUGUCAGCAGUGUGUCAGUUCAUUCUUAUAAGCUCCCACUUUUAGCUGACCGAACCAGUAGUCAAGUUUUCUUUUUUUUAUGUAUUGUAGCUAUACUUAUAUUUUAUAUUGUGGAUGAAUAUCGCAUGCUGCGUCAAGAAAGGCUGAAUUAUAUAAAAACAGCUGCCAAUUUAAUUAAUUUUGGAAUUAAGACAGUCUGUCUAAUUUUUUUGCUGCUGAUUCUAUUCAGACUUAAGCUUGCUUUUGAGUUAAUACAGUUUUAUUUGUAUAAUCAAGAACAAUUCAUUCCCUUCCAUGCAGCUGCUCAUUUCGAUCGAGUUGUCAGAACAGUUAAGGCAUUAUUGGCUUUUUUCCUCGUUAUGAAAACAUACCGGUAUCUCAGGUUUAUGUUUGAUGUCCGCUUGGCCCAAAAGUCAUUGUUUGAAGCUCUUCCUACAAUUACUAACUUGUCUGUAGGAGGGGCCAUUUUUUUUUUGGCAUAUAUGUCAGUUGGGUAUUUAGGAUUUGGCCAACACGAAGAAAGUUACCGUACUUUGCUUUAUUCCUUUACUACUGUGUUAUCUUACUGCGCCUUAGCAUUUAGGGGAACUGAAUUUGCAGCUGAUAGGUUUCUGGCAGGGCUCUUUUUAACUUCUUUUUUGUUUGUGAUGAUUUGUGUUUUCCUCAAUUUAUUGCAAGCUAUUAUGAUCUCUGCUUAUACGGAGGCAAAGAGAUCUAUCUAUCCAGAACAUGCACACGAAGCUGAAAUGAUGGAUUUUGUGAUCCAAAAGAUCUAUAGUGCAUGGGUUUUUGUGACCACUGGUACACGGACCACAACACAGACAGUCAUGUUUAACAGGAUGCUGUAUGGAAAACAAAGAAAAAACUAUGUGCAACAGUUUAAAAAGGAAGAAUAAUAAUAGAAUAAUUGAUAAAUAGCUUACCUUCCAGUUUGAAAAAGAGAUUGAUAAGAAAUUGAUUAAUUUCUGCAAUGUUUUCCUAUACAUUUCUUAUAC